AUGAUCUGUUUGGCCCAGAGCGUGAUUGAACUAAACAACCAGAUUCAGCAGAAAGACAAAGAGAUCCAGAGUAAUGAAGCCAAGAUGCUGGAGUAUCAGCAGCAGAUCUCCCGUCUGGAAGGAGAGUGUCGCGAGCUGCGCAACUCUCUGGCCGAUCUGGAACGAGCCAAUCAGACGCUGCGAGACGAGUACGAUGCCCUGCAGAUCACGUUCAGCGCCCUGGAGGAGAAACUACGGAAAACCACAGAGGACAAUCAGGAGCUGGUGACACGCUGGAUGGCAGAGAAAGCGCAGGAGGCCAACAAACUCAACGCUGAGAACGAGAAGGACUCCAGGCGCAGACAGGCGAAGCUUCAGAAGGAACUGGCGGACGCAGCGAAGGAACCUCUUCCCAUAGACCCAGAUGAUGACAUCGAAGUUCUCUCAGAGGAUGCUGGGAAGGGAACGGGUGAAACGUCACCGAGCAGACAGACCAGUCGUGCACCCAGUAGACGAGUGUCUCAGCCUCCUCCUCCUGCUGGACUGCUGGAUUCCAUCUCUAAUAUCUUUGGCUUGUCUGAUUCUGUCCAACCUGGUUUCGUCCCAUCUGACUCCAGAAGGCGUCGCUCGGCGAAUUCGUUCGGCUCGUCUCCUGAAAGCGCUGAGGUGCCGUCGGCCUGCGCUGAUGUCCGAGUUCCCUCCACUGCGCUGCACGUCUUUGACGCCCACGAUGGAGAAGUGAACGCCGUGAGGUUCAGUCCCGGUUCCCGUCUGCUUGCCACGGGAGGAAUGGACCGCAGGGUGAAGCUCUGGGAGGUUGUUUCUGGGCGAUGUGAACCUAAAGGUGCACUGACGGGCAGUAAUGCUGGAAUCACCAGCAUAGAGUUUGAUAGUGCGGGCUCGUAUCUGCUGGCUGCGUCGAAUGAUUUCGCCAGCAGAAUCUGGACUGUUGAUGACUACAGACUGCGGGUGAGCAUUUCACUGAAAACACAGCCAUGCACGCAUAAAAUGUUUAUCAGCCUAAUAAGACUCUCUUUCUCAGGCAUGAAGACGGUGUUUGCUGGUUCUAGCUGUAAUGACAUCGUCUGCACGGAGCAGUGUGUGAUGAGCGGACACUUCGAUAAGAAAGUUCGUUUCUGGGACAUCAGGGCGGAGAGUAUCGUGCAUGAGCUGGAGUUGCUGGGACGCAUUACCUCUUUGGACCUCAAUCACGACCGGACCGAGCUGCUGAGCUGCUCUCGUGACGACCUGGUGAAGAUCAUCGAUCUGCGCAGUAAUGCAGUGCGACAGACGUUUAAUGCUCAAGGUUUCAAGUGUGGUUCAGACUUCACCAGGGUCACGUUCAGUCCUGAUGGAAGUUACGUGGCGGCCGGUUCUGCAGACGGCGUUCUGUACAUUUGGAACGUUCUGACGGGGAAACUAGACAAAACCCUUGAUAAGGGUCACAGUUCUGCCAUUAAUUCGGUGUCCUGGUCUCCAUCGGGUGCGUACGUGGCCAGUGUUGAGAAAGGCAGCAAGGCCGUGCUCUGGUCUGACAUGUGAGCUCUGUUCCUCCGCAGUGAUUGGUUGAGCGCCGCCCCGCCGUGAUUGGAUGAAACGGACUGUAAAGACAGAAAGAAAGUGAGCCCACCCUCACGUCCCACUGUCCUCUUGAACUACCUUUCCCACAAUGCCAUCUGUUCGGCUGUCUGUGUAUGUGUGAUCGGACAGCACCGCACACGUAUUAUACAUAUUUAUAUCAGCUUUCAUGUACUGUCUGUCUCACACACACUUGAUGUGAGAUGAUGGAGAUUACGCAAGUGACUCUCACUGUCCUACAUGACUCUUACUGCUUAUUUUAACACUGCUUUAAAAUAGUGUGUGUUUGUGUGUGUUUACGGUCAGAGUUUAUGCUUUGAUUUUACAGAUACAGGCCAUUAAGCUGUGUGAGUGUGUGUGAGUGUGUGUGAGUGUGUGUGAGAGUGUGUGUGAGUGAGUGUGUGUGUGUGUG